AUGUCUUUCUCUUCCAGGUCCUACAGCUCAGCCAGGGCCCUCAGCGUCUACGGUGGUGCCGGCGGUGCCCGUACCUCUUCCUCCCAGGCUGGGGGAGUCUACGGCGCCAAUUCCUCCAGGGGCGGCAUGGACCUGGCGAACGCCCUGGACCUCCACGUGUCGGCCAGUGAGAAGACCACCAUGCAGAACCUGAAUGAUCGCCUGGCCUCUUACCUGGAAAAAGUGAGGCUCCUGGAGAUGGAAAACGCUGAGGUGGAGAAGAAAAUCAAGGCUUGGUACUCAUCACACACAGUGAUCUGCCACGACCACAGCGCCUACUUGGCCACCGUUACUGAUAUGAGGGAUAAGAUGCGUUUGGCUUCCAAGGUAAAUGCCAAGACUUUACUGGACAUUGACAAUGCCCAGAUUGCUGCCGAGGACUUCAAGAUGAAGUAUGAGAACGAGUUGGCCAUGAGGGUGGCAGUGGAGGCAGACAUCAGUGGUCUGAGGAAGGUCCUGGAUGACAUGAACCUCAACCGCUUUGACCUGGAGACGCAGUACGAGGGCCUGAAGGACGAGCUCAUCAUGUUCAAAAGACACCAUGAGGAGGAGCUGGCCAAUGUGAGGACCCAGGCAGGAGGCCAGGUGAAUGUAUCAGUGGACGCUGCCCCAUCCCAAGACCUGAACGCAGCCAUGACCGAGAUCAGGCAGCACUAUGAGUCUGUAGCCGCCAAGAACCGCCAAGAACUGGAAUCCUGGUAUCAGGGCAAGCUGGCCACAGUGGAGACUGAAGUUGAGACAAACAACGAACAGCUCUGUUCAAGCCUCACAGAGUUGAAGGAGACCAAGAGCACCCUCCAGAGGCUUCAGAUUGAACUGCAGUCCCAUCUGAGCAUGAAAUCCUCCCUGGAGACCACCCUGUCAGACACCCAGAACCGCUACUCUGCCCAGCUGGCGGGGCUCCAGAACAUGGUGACCAGCCUGGAGUUUCAGCUCUCCCAGCUCCAUGCCAACAUCGCACACAACAAGCAGGAGUACGACAUCCUGCUGGACAUCAAGACCCGUCUGGAGGUGGAGAUCGCUGAGUACAGGAGGCUGCUGGACGGGGAAGAUGCUGAAGAAGAAGGGAAGAAGGGAAGCACCACCCAAGUUGUUACCAAGACAGUCACUGUGGUCCAGACUACAGUGAAUGGGAAGGUGACAGAGACCACUAAAGCAGUCGAUGUGGCAGAGGUCAAGUCAUAAUGUUUAAACACAUCCAUCAAUAAAGAUUUACAUGGUCGAAGGUGUAUGGACAGUUUGGAAUUUGUGUGCUUUAUCAAAGACGAAUUGUGUAAAUCUGAGUAAGGUGGUCACUGUAGCAAUUACAAUCCAAGUUUCAAAUGCAUUGUGAUCAAUUGUAUAUCAGAGAAACAGUUAAGAGUUGUGCCCAGGACCGUGUUGACAACUUGCAUUAAAAUAUAUCCUACAAGAAUUUCUAAAAAUAUUGUCGAGAAACUAUUGACGUUCAUUGCAAAACCCAACUUAAUUCCACAGUUAUCAAUAAUUUGGUUGAUACAGUAACUGUGUGUGUGUACAUCUGGGCCAUUGACAGGAUUGGUUCCUUGAUUGAAAGAUGAGCAGGUAGCCUUAGUUUUUCUUAAAUAGAAAGGUGCAGGUUACAUUGCGCAGGAAAAUGAUGGAAUUAAUCGAAAAUGGGUCAAAAUCCAGUUCCUUCAACAGCUCUGACAAAAAUCUAAACUGUAAAAUGUUUAGGUACUGUGCUCCUGACAGCUCCAGCCCAAGCCAAGACUGCAUACCAAAAUACUUCUCUCUCAUGACAACACUAUCCCACAGAGCAAAAGGAUAUGAAAGAUGUCUUUUCAGUGUCUUUCUUAACCAGAAAGUCGUCUUUUCAACAUCCUUGAGACUGUCAUAUGAUUUUAAUAGAGUUUCACCACACACGUUUCUAGAAACUUGAAAUUCAAAAACCAUGAAUAAGAUGCGGAAUAACUACUUAAUCUAAAGGGUAAUAAAAACAAAAUCAGAAUUUGAUUCUGUGCUUGAGUCUCACAGAAUUAUGUUAAAACGUCUUCUGAGAAUGGUUUUAGUUAUUCACAUGACUCACCAAUUGGUAGCUUGAUGAUACUAUGAUGAAGACUGAGACAAAAGACUGUGCAAAUAAAUGCAAUUUGAAGCUGGCAUCUAUUCUUGGCUACAUUCGCUCAGUGUGUACCAAGGGUGGCAGUAGGCAGUAGUUAUCCUCUCACUCACACAGACCAGGUGGAACAAUAAUAGGUGAAUGGAGUAGAAGAGU